GCGGUUGCGAUAGGAUGGAACCUUUGCGUGUCCUGGAGCUGUACAGUGGCAUUGGUGGCAUGCACCACGCGCUGCGAGAAAGUCAUAUCCCUGCACAUGUGGUGGCUGCUAUUGAUGUGAACACUGUUGCUAAUGAAGUAUACAAGCAUAAUUUUCCUCAUACUCACUUACUGGCGAAGACAAUUGAAGGUAUUUCACUGGAAGACUUUGACAAGCUAUCUUUCAAUAUGAUUUUAAUGAGCCCUCCAUGUCAGCCAUUCACAAGAAUUGGCCUACAGGGGGAUAUGACCGAUCCAAGGACAAAUAGCUUCUUGUAUAUUCUAGAUAUUCUCCCAAGAUUGCAAAAAUUACCCAAGUAUAUUCUCUUAGAAAAUGUCAAAGGUUUUGAAGUAUCUUCUACAAGAGGGCUGCUGAUACAAACAAUAGAAGCCUGUGGCUUUCAGCAUCAAGAGUUUCUAUUGUCUCCUUCCUCUCUAGGCAUUCCAAACUCCAGGCUACGAUAUUUUCUCAUUGCAAAGCUUCAGUCAGAGCCUUUCCCCUUCCAGGCCCCUGGACAGAUACUGAUGGAGUUUCCUAAAAUUGUAACUGUUGAGCAACAAAAAUAUGCAGUAGUUGAAGAAAGUAAGCCAAGAGUGCAGAGAACUGGACCAUGUAUCUGCGCUGAGAGCAGCAGCAAACAGUGUUCUGGAAAAGAUACCAUUCUCUUUAAGCUUGAGACUGUAGAAGAAAGGGACAGGAAAAACCAACAAGAUAGUGACCUCUCUGUGCAGAUGCUGAAAGACUUCCUUGAAGAUGACGACACAGAUGAGUACCUUUUAUCACCAAAGGUAUUGCUGCGAUAUGCUCUCUUACUAGAUAUCGUGAAGCCCACGUCCAGAAGGUCCAUGUGCUUUACUAAAGGGUAUGGGAGUUACAUAGAGGGGACAGGCUCCGUGUUACAGACUGCAGAGGAUGUGCAGAUUGAGGAUAUCUACAAAUCUCUUCCUGAUUUGCCACCAGAAGAAAAGAUAGCUAAAUUGUCAAUGCUUAAACUGCGAUAUUUCACACCUAAAGAAAUUGCAAAUCUCCAGGGAUUUCCUCCAGAAUUUGGGUUUCCUGAGAAGACAACAGUGAAACAGCGUUACCGGCUGCUUGGCAACAGCCUCAACGUGCAUGUGGUAGCAAAACUCCUCACAGUCCUGUGUGAAGGAUUUGGAAAUGCCUCUGAGAGCUGUCACAAGAUGCCUCUAAUUCUGGACAGUAAUUCCAAGAUUCUAUCUUGAAUUAAUUCUUACAGAAUUCAGCUAAACUCUUUUAAUAGCAUUUUCAUGGGUAAUUCAGUGGGAACUUAAAUGUGUACAUCAAAUUGUUUCCUUACAUUUAUAUCACUGUAUUUGAUAAACUUCACAUUGCUGUUUUUGCUUUAUGGACAAAUAUUUUUAUAAAGCUUUUAAACUUGUGUAUUAAAUAUCUUUUAUAUUAUGUUAUAAACAAAUUUAAGAAUGCUUGAAUUUUAUAUGUAUAUUAGUGCUUUAUAAAGUAUGACAUGAAUAAUAUAAUGAUCCUUAGAAAAUUAUUUUUGUAUGUCAAUUUAAAAAUUGUUUUAUAUAACAUGGAGAAACUAACUGGAUGUAGAUGUGGAAGCUCCAUCCCUCUAACUAGUGCUGUUCAUGAUACCAGAAGCAAAAAUAGUCAUCAUGUUUAACUAGCUAUGAACCAGGACGCCACAGUAGUGACUGUCCUACUAAGAUAUGCCCAUGAGUAUGGUGGGAAUAGCCACCUGCUCUGUGAUUUGAUUUAAGGCCUGAUCAAUGGGAUAGAAUCCAUGUCUGGCUCUGUUAUCUGGUUUAGAGACCUGUGGCUAGACAGGUUAUGGGCCCCAGUGAGUAACUUAUUAGUAUUACUUUAUUAAAUGGGCAUUGUAUUAAAUGAUAAUGAUUCCUGAUGAUUGAUUAUUAUACCAUAGAUUAGUGCGUCCCUCAACAUUCAACAGGUAAGCAAGCCUCUUGCAGUAGACAGCAUUACAGAAACCCAGAGAACAAGAGAAUGAAGGACUCAGCGCUAAGAGACAUCUAUCACUCCCCUCCCUCCCGAGGCUCAGCGAUCACUGCAGAAGAGGAAGAAAAAAACACUGUAAGAGUCACAAGUGGUAGAUGACUUUAGGAAAAUAUAUUAUCCAGAUCAGCAGGACAACUACACAUGUGGACUCAUAGCUAGGUGACAGCAUUCAAAAGACCUGCAUAAGCCUGAACCCCAGAGAGCAUCCCAGCAUGGAGCGGUAGAGUGGGUACCAAGGCACACCCCUAGCUCAGAGGCUAUUGGCAUGUGGUAGCUGCUGGGAGAGGAACCUAAGGUGUGAUUCCUGGUUUGUGGAACACACCCCAGGGUAGGCUUAUACUCAAGAGUAUUUGAGCAACACAAAUUGAAUUUGGGUGGAUACGGGAGGGAGUAUGAAUAUGAUCCAAAUAAAUUGUACAGCAUUCUCAAAGAAUUAAUAUUAUUUAAAAAAUUAAAAAAUUGUUUUACAACUCUUAAGAUAUUACUCUUUUUGUUAAUUUGCCCUAACUCAAAACUGACUCAAAUGCUAGCUAUUGAGUGUUUUAUUUAAUUUCAGGCCUUUUUAGACAAGUGCAUACAUUUUAAACCAAAUUAUCAUCAUCCAACAUAGAUAUCAGUCUGAAAAAUGUAUUAGAAAAAUGCUCAUAAAUUCUUAAUCAAAUCUUUGAAAACUGCAGGUGACUUUUUUGUUUGUUUUUUUGAGACAGGGUCUCACUGUGUAGCCCUGGGUGGCCUGGAAUUUGCUAUCUAAUCCAGUCUGGCUUCUAACUCAGAGGGAUCUGUCUGCCCCAACCUCCAGUGUGCUAGCCUUAAAAGCUAGAAAUACUUAACCUGGCUUCCUCUUUAACCUUAAUCUGAAGAUAAAGCCUCAUUGUCCUGCCUCCAUUUGCACAUCCUUCCUUUUAGUUUGCUAUUACCAGGGUGCUUUUGCUUUGUCAGCCUUUAGAUUAAGCUUCUCUGUUGUUCCAUUCUAAGGAAUAUGGCAUGGGUUAUGUGGCAGUAAGGUUAAGGGAGGAAAAUGGGCUGCUAUUGCUGCUAUUUCUAUAUGAUGCUACUCCGUCCUUUAUCAUACUGACUCUAAACUUUUUCUCUCUCCACUCAGUAAAAGAACAGAUAAAUAAAAUGUGUUGCAAACAUCUACUAGAAUACCAGUAAUUGUUACCUGGAAUGGGUUUAUGAUACUUGCCGUGGCCUGGAUGAGCCUUGGGAAAGUGCCAAUGAAAUUAGCCCAUCCUGAAAAGGCAAGAGUGGUUUCAUUCCCCUGUGAGUCAAGUUCAUAGAGACAGUAAGGAGGGCAGGGUUUGCAGGGGUUGGGAGGAGGGGACUAGGAAGUCAGUGUUUAGCAGGUACAGAGCUUCUGUUUGCAAGCAUGAGAAAAUUCUGAAGGCGAGAGGCACUGCUGGUUGGACAUGGUGGUGUGCUGAGUGCCACCCAACUGUACACUUAAUGUCUGUUGGAUGGCUAAUUUUAUAUUACUUAGAUUGUACUAAACUUUUAACGAUUACUCCUGAACUCAGAUAAAUAUGGGUCUGUCAAAGGUAUAAGCUAUGUGUAUAUCAACAGUCACUGUCUAAAAAGAUGAACCUCAUUAAAGUCUCACAAUUACAACCUGACAUCACCAUUGUGA